CGCUGUGUAAAUGUUUAUUCUACGAGAAUAUAAUUUUUGUAUUUGGCAACUUCUCGCUGACAGACAGACUCGACUUUGGUGAAAACAGAAAAACAUGGCGUCCCUAUCGAGCUAUCUUCCGGCGCCUACGCAGUUGACAUGGGAUCGAGACAUCGAGGAGCAAAAAGAGCGGGCAAACCGUAAUACAGCCAUCGUGGCUGCUACAAAGGCGAUUCCGCCGUAUGGAAAUCGCAGUUCAUGGGUUCCUCGAAAUGUGUCUGACUUUGGCGAUGGAGGGUCUUUCCCGGAGAUUCACAUGGCCCAAUAUCCAUUGGACAUGGGUCGAAAGGAUCAGGCUGGACAAAAGUCUAAUGCCCUAGCCAUUCAACUCGAUGCAGAGGGCAAGAUCAAGUAUGAUGCCAUUGCCAGACAGGGGCAUGGAAAGGACAAAGUAGUCUUUUCCAAAUUCACUGAUCUUCUUCCUGCUGAAAUUACCAAUGAAGAUGAUCCCACGCUUCACAAACCUUCAGAUGAAGAAAUUGCAGACAUCACUGAGAAAACUAGACGGGCCCUAGAACAGAUUACACACGCAAAGGUGGAAGCUGCCCUGCCAGUUCGUGCUGCAGAAAGAACUGGCCCUGCUCAGUUUAUUCGUUAUACACCUGCCCAACAAGGUGAUGAAUUUAACUCUGGUGCCAAACAGCGCAUUAUUCGCAUGGUAGAAGUACAAAAAGACCCUAUGGAACCCCCUAGGUUCAAAAUUAACCAAAAAAUUCCCCGUGGGCCGCCAUCUCCUCCCGCUCCCGUUCUACAUUCCCCCACCCGCAAAGUAACAGUUAAAGAACAGCAGGAAUGGAAAAUUCCGCCUUGCAUCUCCAACUGGAAGAACGCUAAGGGUUACACUAUUCCUUUGGAUAAACGUUUGGCAGCCGACGGCCGAGGACUUCAGCAGGUUCACAUUAAUGAGAAAUUCGCCAAAUUGGCGGAAUCGUUAUACAUCGCUGAUCGAAAGGCCCGAGAAUCUGUGGAAUUAAGAGCUCAACUUCAAAAGAAGCAGGCUCAAAAGGAGAAAGAGAAAAAAGAAGACACAUUACGACAGCUUGCCCAGCAAGUUCGUGAAGAGCGAGCUGGUCUUCGACCAGGUGGGGGAGGUGCCGCUGCUCGUGAAGACGAUGACGAUGCAGCUGAGCGUGACAACUUAAGACAAGAGCGGCAUCGCGAGCGACAACGUGAGCGCAACAUUGCACGCGCUGCCCCUGGUGAUAAGAAGUCUAAACUUGAUCGUCAACGGGAGCGUGAUAUCAGCGAGCAGAUCGCAUUAGGUAUGCCUGCUAGAGCCUCGGCUAGCGGAGAGACCAUGUACGACCAGCGGUUAUUGAACCAGACUCGCGGUAUGGACAGUGGCUUCGCCGAUGAUGAGGCCUACAAUGUAUACGACAAGCCAUGGCGCGAGCAGGGGACUCUUUCUCAGAACCUUUACCGUCCGACAAAGAACCUUGAUCAAGACUUGUACGGAGAUGACUUGGACAAACUUGUUAAGACCAGCAAAUUUGUACCUGAUAAAGAAUUCAGUGGAACUGAUCGUUCUGGUCCUUCGGGCUCCCGUAGUGGCCCAGUUCAGUUUGAAAAGGAAGAGGAUCCUUUCGGCCUCGACAAGUUUUUGACGGACGUUCGCAAGGCCAGUAGCAAGCGACCAACCGAUGCGGAUCGUUCAGAAAAGGACAAGGACAAGAGGAGGCGUCGAGACUAAAUUUUCUUUUCCGUUUACGAUAUCGCGACUUUGUUUAAUUUUUCUCAUUUUAAACCUUCUUAAAAACAAAACAAAAAUAAAGCAAGUAAGCAUUUUCAAGAAGACCACAAUACAUUUCAGAUGGAAUGUUA